AACGAACAAUCACGAGAAAAAAAGAGAGAAACAGAAACACAAGGAAAACAAAACAAACUCUAGUUCAUCUAAUGUACAACUUCAUUUCAACAUUUAACUUCAACAACUACUCAUUUUACAACCUUUUUCAACUCACAACAAUAAGUUCAACAUUGAGUUCAACAACAAUUUUAGUCAAAAGAUUGUUACACUUUCAACUUUUUUUUCAUCAAUUUUAUGGACAAACAACUCGAACAAGUUGAUGCAUUCAAGCUCAUUUCACGAGCAACCAUUUCAUCAGUUUUCAUCAUUUUAGCAUUUGCCUUCUCGUGAUUAUCUGCAUUUAAUUUUAUGAGAAAAAAUUGGCCAACUUUAAAUUGUUUCCAAUUGUAAACACGAAAUGUUGAAAAUGUUUCAUAUUCCAGUAUAGUGCAACACCCAACAUCUCAUGGUACUUCCUGGUUUCAUUUCACUAUGGAUUCAAUAUUUUAUCGCCCAAUGGAAUAACAAUUUGAGAGAAGAAGAAAAAUCGACUAAAUACAAAAACAAUCGCAAGAGAAGAUACAAUUGAAUCAAAUUUUGAGUUAACGAAGGAAAACAAAACAGUGAAAAGCAAGUUUGACUUUCUUCAUGUUGACCGUCACUUGCUUUACGAAAUGUUAUCGCAGCUGGAAAACCGUUCAACUCAACCCACUCUCACUGCAUCACCAGCACAACCUGAAUCAUCAUCAUCCUUAGCACCUUCACAUCGCAGGUCAACUGUCAACUCUCAUCGGCAACCUCAAGAUGGUCACCCUGAUGACAACCUUAAACAUCAACCUAGAGGCACUCAUCAACAGCAUCAAGCUCCAGUUGAACCUCGGCUUCAAUCAAUGAUCAUUUACGUGAAUAAAAAUGUUUCCUUGAAAAGUUUCUUACAUUUUCUGCUUUCAAAUUGUGGAUCCACUUUAAGAACAUCAAUAAAUUUGUUAUUAAUCAUUUUAUUCCUUCUCUCUCCAUGUAUUUUGGCUGUUGACGCUAACGAUAAUAACAUUAUCAAUAACAAUAAUUUAAAUAAAGACACCAAUAAUAACGACAACAACAAUAAUGAUAUUAAUAUUAAUAAUAAUGAGAUUAGUAAGGAAAAUCUUUUAACUUCUAGUUCUCUAGGUAAUCUUGAUAACUUUGAAGAUGAUUUUUCUGCAUCUUCCAUGUCGCACUCUCGACCAGUUUUAUUAUCAUCCAAAUUGCCGGUCUUUCCAUCAUCAUCAUCAUCAUCAUCACUUCUAUCACAAUCAAAAUCAUAUUCACCAAUAACAUCAUCAUCAGCAUCACUGGGUUCACCCUUGCAAUCAUCUUCACCUUCAUCAGUGUCUCCUGAUUCCUAUUCAAUAUUGUCAUCCAAUCCAACUCAAUUGUCUCAUUACUUGCAAACUAAAAAAUCAUUACCAAUAAAGCAAUCAUACGACAAUAGCCAAGAAGGAGACUUUCAAAGUCUCUUUCAUCGGAUUGCACGUCGAUCGAGCCGACCUUAUGAUGUACCACAAAUCGAAUGCCCUUCAUCUGAAGAUGGUAUUGAUAGAUUUGCCUGUCCAUCAGCCGAUAGAAUGGGUCGAUAUAGGUGCAUUGAAGAUCAUGUGCUUUGCAAUGGAUUCUAUGAUUGUCCAAAUGGUGAAGAUGAAGAUAGAAAGUCUUGUAUGUUUUACAAAACGACAAAGGCUCAUCUUGAUGUAUUAGCUGAUGCUAUGCUUCGUAUGGUCAGAGGACGAUUUUAACCUUCAAUGAUUGCACUGCACUGUAAACUAAUUUGAUUGAGCGUGAUGCCUAAACAUUUUAAGAG